AUGGAAAGCAACCUUAGUCUAGAGGUCUCUAACAAGAGAAAGGCCGACGAAAUUUCCUUAGAAACAAAUGAGGAAACCAUGAACAUGGUCAGUCAUUCGGAAGGUCCACCGUCUAAGAAGACUAAGGCAGAUGACGAUUUUGAGCCUUGGAGUGAGGGCAUGGAUAUGCCGUUGGGUAAACCGAGACCUAUAUUUGUAGGUGAGACCGAAGAAGAGCGAAUAUCUGGCAGUGGCACAACUGAAGAUCCUGAAAUUAUUUGGUUAGGGGCUAUCCCUGGCGAUGCCAUAGUCAGAGAAGCUAAUGAAGACAUUGUACGGAAGGCUGCUCGAAGUCUCGAAACAGUAACACACGUCUAUAUUAGAUGCGCUAUGCAGUCUAAGAUGUACGUCGAUAGAGAUGGGAAGAGAAUUCAUAUUUGGAAUCCCGAUCGUAUAGAUUUCCGUCAUAGAACUAUGCCCACGGAUCCCCAUAUCGCUGUAGCUUUCGGUACUACCCCAGACAAUCUAGUUUUAUAUGGCUUUAUUUACACUGCUACUGACGAAAGUGGGAAUCCGGUUGACUUUGCGGAAUACCGCAAUGACCAGUACGUACUCAAUGGGGAUAACAGGGUCUUUGAACUAUUCAAAUAUAACGCAGACCAACGUGACUGCGGACCCUAUUGUCCCAGUCAUGCAAGGCACGAGGUUUUAAUCGACUCUUGCGAACUCGCAAGGCCUGUAGGAUGUCCUCUUCACGAUACCGAAGGGCUCCUUGACCACUUCUGUCCUCGGGCACGCUGGAAGACUGAGGGCUAUUGUGACCAUUAUUGCCCUUGUCUCCAUGACACUAGUGAGUUAAUAGAUCAUUAUUGUCCCUGCCCUCACGAUCGGGCAAGGUUGCUGAUUCACCCCCCUCAUUGCCGCCAUAAGAUGCCAAAGAAAGAACGGCCUACCCAUUAUUGUCCUUCGUAUGUCUUCUAA